UGUCCAAUGGCAGCCAAGCUCUGUCUCAGCUACACUGUGCUGAGCAAUCCAGACACAGCAGCUCAACAGACCCUGGCAGCUUCUCAUACAGGAAGACUACCACAAUUCAGAAACCAACAAACUGGGUGGUCCUGACCAAUUUGAUACCCUAGGCGAGAUUCUGGUUGGUGACCCCCCCAGUGUGGGACCUUCGGCAUGCGCGCACCUGAGAACAUGGUCCUCAAGUCAUCCUAGCGUUACUCUCUGGGGAACCCUAAUCAAUAUGUCAUCUCUUGGUUCUUGGAAGAACGAAACAACCUUGAUCCAGCAACAGGUUGGGUUCCAGGUUCAGAAGAUCUAUCCGUUUCACGAUGGCUGGAACACUGCCUGUUUCGUUAUCCUAGUUUUGUUUAUCCUGACUGUGCUGUCUCUGGUCCUGCUGGCUUUCCUCUAUGAAAUGCUGGACUGCUGUUGCUGUGCCAAGCACAAGACCGUAAAAGACCUAGAGAAUGAACCAAACCCGGUCAGAGCUCUAAUGAGCAGCAUGAAGAAGCGGAAAACAGAGGUGGUGUAGCAUCAGAAGCGGCAAAAGAUGACCGGUGAAUCAUUUCAGAGGACAAUCCGUGAGCAGAGGUCAUAUCCCUUCUGCUUACUGUAGCACAUUAUUCUCCUUGAGACACCCAUACUAUACUCAACUCUUCCAUGUGAACUGAUUGAACAUCCUCCCAAGUGGUCUUACCAAUGACUAUUCCUAGUUUUGUUUCAAGUUAAAUGAUCAUAGUGAAACAUAAUGCAUCUCCUCUGCAAUUAUUAAAAUCCUGUUUUGACAGGAUAUGUUAUACGGUGUGUUAAAAUCUCGUUCAAAAAACCAUGGGCAUGAUCCCUACUUAUAUCCAAGUACCUUGUCAUAAUAACAAUCCAACUGCUGUGACAGAAACAAAACUAAUCUACAGUUAGCAAAAGACAGCAUCAUUUCUGGUCUCUCAAAAUAACACCUCUAAAGGUGCAUACUCACUGGGUGUUGUGGAACGUGGGCUGUGGACAGUGGUUCACUCGGCUGCUAAAAUAGCCCGACGGACGGCAGUGGCUAGCAAUGAUGCGGGAGCGUGCAUCUGCGCUCACCGCCCGCCCAUACACACUGGCCAAGUCUGAGCUCAAAGUAGCUCAAAACGCCAAAAGUGGGCUAUUUUAAGCUCAAAAUCGGCUAUUGUGUAUGGGCCUUAAGACUUCAUAGUAUUUUCUAGAAUGCGGAGCAUGUUUCCACAUUUAAAUGAGCUGGAACAUCUAUAAACAUGAAAAUUGGAUACAUGACCAUAGUAGUAAAAAAACACAAAAAGUAAAAACAAAAUAAAUAAAAUGUUUGCAGUGUCAUUAGAAGGAAAAUAAAAAAUCAUGCAAAGUAUGAAAUCGAUGUAGAAUAAAUUGUCUGCACAAUUAGAGUGAUGUAAGCAGGGAUAUAGGGGGUAAUUCUGAGUUGAUCGCAGGAGCAAGUUUGUUAGCAGUUGGGCAAAACCAUGUGCAGUGCAGGAGGGGCAGAUAUAACAUGUGCAGAGAGAGUUAGAUUUGGGUGGGGUGUGUUCAAACUGAAAUCUAAAUUGCAGUGUAAAAAUAAAGCAGCCAGUAUUUACCCUGCACAGAAACACUAUGACCCACCCAAAUCUAACUCUCUCUGCUCAUGUUAUAUCUGCCCCCCUGCAGUGCACAUGGUUUUGCCCAAUUGCUAACAAACUUGCUGCUGCGACCAACUCAGAAUUACCUCCAUAAUAUUCCCAAUGAUUAGGUCAUACAUUAUGAACUGUGGCCCGUGACUUGACUGCUGGCAUAUUUUUGACUGAUUUUCAAUCCAUUUUUUGGUAAAAAGCAUAAUAUAUAUGUUAAUGUAAAUGCAUUUUGCUAAUUAGAUUGCAUAUAAACAAGCAUCAACUCCGCUACAGAUAUGAUUCUUUAAUGGAGACCAUUUUUCAAGUUGUUUAAUUCCAAUAAGUUUUUGCAUAACAAAUCUGCAAAGUACAGUGCAAAGAGCUUCUGAUUAAACUAACCACUGCAAUUACAUGAUAAUGAUCACAUGUAAAUUACAAUUAGUUAUUUUUUAAUGUACAAAACUAUUUAGUAAGUAUUAUUUGAUGUGGUGUUUCGCAGUCCUGUAAUAAUCCAAUAAAACAUGACAUUAAUUGUACCGCCCCACCGAGUAUGUUGACACUGUCAAAAUAAAAGAUGAUCAUGGUAAAGUAUGUGAGUGUAUACAUAUGUAGGUUUGUAUAUAUUACUCUACUAAAAUAGCUUAGAUUUCAAAUAUUUAACAAAUCUGCAAUGUAAUCUGUGAGUUUGUCAAUGCAUCACAGUGGAACACUGUAGUUUUCAUUCCAUAAAGCAAUGACAAACUAUCCAACCAAAUUUCCCCAGUAACACGUCAAUGUAGUGUCUAAAAAUUUCAAAAGACUAUAUUCAUGUGUUAAACAACAAGCGUCCAAUGGAAGAAACAGUGAGAAUGUGCACAAAUGCCUCUUUUACAGGUGUACCGGCUCUUCAUUAAAAAUAUUUAUAUACGAUGUAUGCUUUGAUGAAAUUAAAAGCAAUUGAAAACAAAAA